GCUACCCCUCCCCCACCUCCCAGCUUCCUCAGAGCUGAGCAGAGGAACCAGAGGGAAAAUCCAUCUUCUCAAGCACAGAAAUACCAUCCACCUCACUCGACUACUUGUCAAGUUCAUUACCAAUACAAAAGGGGCCCAGAGAAUCAAAACAGAAUGUCGAGUGAUGAUAAAAAUAAAUCUACUGAACCCAAGAAUGAGCCCAAGAACUGUGAUCCCAAGUGUGAACAAAAAUGUGAGAACAAAUGCCAGCCCAGCUGUUUAAAGAAACUGCUGCAACGGUGCUCUGAGAAGUGCCCACGGGAGAAGUGCCCACAACCACCAAAGUGCCCACCAUGUCCUCCUCCAUGCCCAGCUACCUGCCCUCCCAAGCCCUGUGUAAAGCCCUGUCCUCCUAAAUGCCCACCACCCUGCCCACCCCCAGAGUGAGGCACCAAGGGUACCACUCCACCCACUACUUUCAACAUCUCCACCAUGUUCACCAUCUUGGUGCUGAAAGCUGAAGCCAUGAACUGACAAGUAAACAUGUUCCUCUGCUGUGCAAGGC